CAAUCGUUUACAUUAUCCUGGUUUAUAUCACUCUUGUUUCAGCGACAUACCGAGCGGGUGGAAAACGAAUCAUGUCAAAAACAAAAGAAGAUGAUAUAGAAAUUGAAAAACAACUAAGAGUUUUGAACAAAAAACCAGUUAAAACCAUUGUGACUAAGAUCGAUGACAUAAUAGAUUGCGUAGACAUUUAUAAGCAACCAGCAUUUGAUAAUCCAUUGCUCAAAAAACACAAAAUCCAGAUGAGUCCCGAUUCAAUUCCGGGACUGAGAACCAAUAAAACCAUUUCAUCAUCCUCUAUACUUGGUGUUCUUCAAAAGGAAAUAUGUCCUCCAGGAACCGUACCUAUUCGCAGAACAACCAAAGAAGAUUUGAUGAAUGCUAAAAAAAUUAUAAAGAAAACUAGACUAAUCCAUGCAAACAAUACUUAUCCUAACGCACCUCCGGCUAACCAGCAAUUUGUCUAUGCUGAAGAAAUCAUUGAAGGGAAACAAUAUUUCGGAGGCACUGCCUAUAUGUCUUUACAUGACAUGUCGAUAUAUCGUGACGAGCUCAGUACUUCACAAAUUUGGCUUCUUAAUGGACCUCAUGAACAAAUAAAUAGCAUUGAAUUCGGAAUAAUGCACGAUCCUUUGUUAUUUGGUGAUGGCCGCGCUCGAUUAUUUGGUUCUUGGACUGCUGAUGGACACCAAACAACAGGUUGUUAUAAUAUAAUGUGCCCCGGCUUCGUUCAGGUUAAUCGUGGGAUAACGUUUGGUUACCAGUUUCAUACAGGAAUAUAUGGAAAAGGAGUAUUCGAUAUAUAUCUUAUGGUGCGCAGGGCCCCGUUAAGUAAAGACUGGUGGUUAAGUAUUGGAUCGAACGCUGAAACAAGUGAACCAAUAGGAUAUUGGCCGAACGAAAUAUUUACACAUCUGGCAAACAGUGCAUCGAAUUUACGAUAUGGAGGGUUUGCAAGUGCUUUAUAUAGAAGAUCAACUCCACCGAUGGGAAAUGGAUACUUGCCUCAACUUACCGACUUUACGAGAACAGCUUACAUGGUUAAAAUGAAGUAUGUAAAUGAGACAGGACAUACAGUUAACCUAGACCGACGCUCAAUGCAAAUCCAUCGCAGUACGACAACAGAAUGCUACAAUCUUAUGUUGGCUAAUCCUUUAGGAGAUUUAGAUAUAACUAUGGCGUUUGGGGGACCUGGUGGUGUAUGUACCUAGUACAAUGAUACCGUAAUAAUAUUCUCAAUAUUCUUAAUAAUAUUCUUAAUAUAGAUACAUUCGGAAUAAUAUUUGAGAUUCUAUAAUUUUGA